UUGGAUGACUACCGAGCAAGGGGCGCUCUUCCCCCGCUAUAUCUUACAACCAUCUUCACCGCGUCUUUGAAUUGUGGAGUUGACUUGCAGUACAACCUGCACCCUGAAUCUGAUCUCCUCCAAUCCCUGCAACUCAGCUGCGGCACCUCGGCAUCUCCGCUAUGUGUAUCGCUUUGAUCUCCACUGCUCACCCGGACUAUUCAUUGAUCGUCAUCGAUAAUAGAGAUGAGUUUCUCCACCGGCCGACUUCAGAGCCAAACUGGUGGCCAGAGCCUUUUUCGAAUGUGCUUGGAUCACGCGACCUAGCACGGUCAACCCAUGGCACGUGGAUGGGAGUGACAAAAGAAGGAAAACUGGCUGUCCUCACCAAUUACCGCGAAGACAAAGCAUGUCAAGCCAUCGGUCAAUAUAGUCGUGGUGUCAUUGUGAACAACUGGCUGACCAGCCCGUCGAACGAGCGACAUACGACUCACAGCUUUGUGCAGUCCAUGGUAGCCAGCGAAGAGGCGAAAAAAGUGGGCGGAUUUAGCCUGGUAUGUGGCUACUUAAAUGAACCAUUGGCCGUUGUCUCCAACCGUUCUUCCGACAUGGACCAGAUCGCCUGGGUCGCGGCAGAAAAGAACCAAACAAGAGGACUGAGCAAUACGGCCUUUAAUGACCGAUCAUGGCCGAAGAUCAUUAAUGGUGAAAAGCUCAUGGACUCUGCGAUUCAUUCUCAUGCUCAAGCUCAAGAAGACGAGGACGCUCUGAUUGAACGAUUACUCCAGGUGCUCAGCACCGAUACUUUACCUCGACUAUCAGGGGACGAGGCCAAUACAAUUGACACUUACAUUCAGCACCUACGGAAGAGUAUUUUUGUUCCCGUCAUUGGAAAAACAGACGAUAUCAACCGAGACGCAGAAGAGACUGCCGCAGCGCAGGUUGAAGACGAAGAAAACAAGCCACCAACCAACGGAGCACUAGGGCCAGACUACAAUAGCGGACCAUAUGGAACUCAAAGACAGACUGUUCUCCUCGCCCAACGUGACGGGCGGGUACGAUAUUUCGAGCGGACAUUAUGGGACAGGAAUGUGAGGGCUGUACCCACUGGACAAGGCGAUCGGUCUUUCGAGUUUCAUAUCGAGCAAUAG